AUCGCUAGCUCGUGCUUGGCUCUGCCUAGCUUGGUUUAGUUUGCUUACGUUUCCGUUUUACCCCGUACUGUUGUUGGCGGUAAUGCACUAUAAAUAUUGGAUUGCAACCCGCCCUGAGACUCCACCGAAGAAGAAGAAAAAAAUACUCGUCACCUUGCCCUGGAAAGAGAACCAUGCCUGGGAUACUUCUAGGAGACGUGUUCCCUAACUUUGAAGCUGAGACAACCAUCGGCAAGAUCAAAUUCCAUGACUUUUUAGGAAACUCAUGGGGAAUCCUGUUCUCCCACCCCCGGGACUUUACUCCAGUAUGUACCACAGAGCUGGCCUGUGCUGCCAAGAUCAGCAAUGAGUUCAAGAAACGCAACGUCAAGAUGAUCGCGCUGUCCAUCGACAGCGUGGCCGACCACCUUGCCUGGAGCAAGGUCUGCCUUCCCUUCUCUCUGCAUCCAUUGCCUAUGUGGUUCAAAUGUAGAGAGCACAUUCCCGUACAUUGCAUAACUACCAUAUGGACGGCAUCUCUCAAACAGGAUGUGAUGGCGUUUAACAGUGAUGGUGCGGACUCUCCCCUGCCCUUCCCCAUCAUUGCUGAUGAUAAGAGGGAGCUUUCAGUUCAGCUGGGCAUGCUGGACCCUGAUGAGCUUGACAAGGAUGGCAUUCCCCUCACCGCACGCUGUGUGUUUGUGAUUGGUCCAGAUAAGAAGAUGAAGCUUUCAAUCUUGUACCCUGCCACCACUGGAAGGAACUUUGACGAGCUGCUCCGUGCCAUCGACUCUCUGCAGCUCACCGCUCUUAAGAAGGUGGCCACACCUGUCGACUGGAAGCCUGGUGAGAAGUGUAUGGUUAUUCCCUCUCUCUCCGAUGCAGAGGCCGCUGAACUUUUCCCCAAUGGCGUCACCACCAAAGAGCUGCCUUCUGGAAAGAAAUACCUCCGCUACACACAGCCCUGAGCCUCGGGGGGUGCCACAGUCAUCCUGGACACAACCCAAAACCCAGAUACACUGCCAAAGUAUCAACACAUAGUAGUCCUAUCGUUAGAGGACUUAUAGUGUAACCAAUCAUCCCUUUAAGAGUCUUGUAGGUUUAGAUGCACUAAUUAAAGUAUCUCACUACUUACAUAUUCAGUAAGCAUCCAUUAAUUCAUUCAUAGUAAUGUCUUCUGAGGAGCAAGGCUUUGACAUGAACUUAGCAUUGUACAGUGUUUCUACCCCAAUAAACACUUUUGGAAGAGCA